UUUUUGUAUGGAAAGCUGAAUUUUUUGUGAGUUUGUUUAGGGUUUUGUAAUGCAAAUGACAUUUCGUCUCUUCUUCUCCGGUGCCGGUGGUCAUCCAAUUCCCUUCCCGUCGUGGCAGCCAUCUCCAAAUGCGGCGGCGGUGGUCUCUGCUAUCAAUCUUUACUCAUCACCAUUUGCUUCCCUCCAACCAAAAUCACCCGCCCUAAAACGCCCUUCAAAAACCCCCUCUUUACCUCUGCUACACACUCAACCCAGGGAAGCCACACCCACCGAACUAGAAAAAAACACUAGUGCCCCCCUGCGUAAAAAGGUUUUGGUCCCAAUAGGGUUCGGUACUGAGGAAAUUGAAGCCGUGAUAUUGAUUGAUGUCCUCCGACGAGCUGGAGCAGAGGUGACAGUGGCAUCCGUCGAGCCGCAGCUGGAAAUCAAAGCGUCUUCCAGCACCAGAAUUGUUGCCGAUAAGUCUAUCGCCGCCUGCUCUGAACAAAUCUUCGAUCUUAUCGCUUUGCCUGGUGGAAUGCCCGGGUCCGUUCGUUUAAGAGACUGCGAAAUCCUGCGUAAAAUUACAUGUAGACAGGCUGAAGAAAAAAGGUUGUACAGCGCCAUUUGUGCUGCUCCGGCCGUCACUCUUUUGCCAUGGGGUCUUCUAAAGAGGAAGCAGACGACUUGCCACCCUGCAUUCAUGGACAAGCUUCCGACAUUAUGGGCAGUAAAAUCAAAGAUUCAAGUUUCGGGUCAGCUCACGACAGGCCGAGGCCCGGGAACAUCGUUUGAAUUCGCUGUUUCCUUGGUGGAGCAACUCUUUGGGGAGACAAUUGCAAAGGGUAUUGGAGAAUCGUUGUUAAUGAUGCACGAGAGUCGCAGGAGGGAAGAGUUAAACGGGACUGACUGGACCACGGUGGAUCCUCAUGUUCUUAUUCCAGUAGCUAAUGGUUCUGAAGAAAUUGAAGUUGUUACUAUUGCUGACAUUCUGCGGCGAGCUAAAGUUAAUGUCGUGAUUGCUUCGGUUGAAAGAUCCACAAAGAUCUGCGGGUCCCAAGGCACGAAGAUAGUCGCAGACACCUCGAUCAGUAGAGCUGCCGAGUCAACAUAUGAUGUCAUCAUCUUGCCGGGAGGAGCUAUGGGGGUUGAGAGGCUACAGAAAUCGCGGAUUUUGAAGAAACUACUGAAGGAUCAAGAAUCAAGUGGACGAAUUUAUGGAGCAAGCUGUUCAUCACCUGUGGUUCUUGAUAAACUAGGGCUACUAAAGGACAAGACAACAACCGGUCAUCCGUCAAUCAUGAGUUCGUUGACGAACAACUUAGUGAAUGAUGCUAGAGUGGUGAUUGAUGGAAAUUUGAUAACAUGUAAGGGCCUGGCAACGGUCACAGAUUUUUCUUUGGCUAUUGUUGGCAAACUUUUUAGUCAUGCUAGAGCCAGAAGUGUUGCAGAAGGACUCGUGUUUGAGUAUCCCCGUGAUUUGUCGGGUUAACUCAAUUGUCGCGGUUUUGAAUUCACAAGUAUACAAGUACGUCACUAGAAUCAUGGUUGGAUGGCUAGUCGUGAAUUAGUUAUUGUCCGGUCUAUAGUUCAAAUUUGAUCAAAUUUGAUUCCCACUCAAAAAAAUGUGUUGUAAAGUACAGCCUUAUUUAGAUCUUUUUGGUAAAAUCCAUAUAUUGUUUGGUUUGUUUAAAAUUA